AUGCCCUUACAGCUUAAAGUUAUAUUUGACCCACCUCUCUCCAAAUCUUUCGAGGUAGAAGAACCAAAACUUUUGGCUAUUGGUCGCGAUGUUAUGUCUGUUCCUGAUGAAGAAAUCGGAAAAGUACAAGCUUCAUUCCAAUUUUAUUCGGGUGGAGUAUCUGUCACUUCGUUCGGUCCUAUACCAAUGACAAAAGGUAAUGAUAGUAUACUAUAUCCAAAGGACGUUGAGUUGGAAGAUGGAGACAGGCUUUGUCUGGUCAAGGGAAAAUAUCCAUUCACAGUCAGAAUAACGAACGUGUCGAAGCCUGAACGCAUGACAGACGAUUUAGUUGAAAAUCUCGGCGAAUCGUCAACCAAAGAGCUGUCAUAUGAUUUUCAAGAUCUUUAUCUUGGUGAUGAAGACGAUGAUAGUGCGGGAGGUCAUAAUCGAAGUAUAUUUGAAGACGUAACAUUUUGGGAUCGUAUAAUAGAAGCUCAAAGAACAGGAAGGCUACACGGUCGUAAUGAUGUAAUUGCAAUGGUCGAAACGGAAGAGGAUGAGUUAGAUAACGAUGAGACCAUCUCAACCGAGAGCAGCUAUCUUGGUAGCUAUGCUUCCUUUGAUUCCGAUGAUGAUGGUUCAGAUACAAGGGAAAGGAAACGGUGGAAAGGAGAUCGCCAAGCUGUAGCUUUAACCAAACCCAUGAUCUCACGUGUUGUACCUGAAACCGAAACUACAACUAGUACUAGUCAGUGGGAAUCGCAGCGAUGUUCCGUGAACACGAAUAUAUCGUUCGAAACCGUGACAGUUUCCACUGAUCAUGAAUGA